AUGGCUUCGAUCGAUGUAGUUAUCAUUGGCGGCGGCCCCGCAGGUCUCACAGCUGCCGCAACCCUCGCCCGCCAGCUGCAUACAGCCGUGGUUUUUGAUAGCGGCACCUAUCGAAACGCUGGAAGCUCACAUAUGCACACGGUCCUCGCCUUCGACCACAAAGAUCCCAAGGAGUACCGCCAGACUUCACGAAAGCAGAUCGAAGACAAUUACGAAACGAUUCAGUUCGCAGAUGUAGCAGUCACAUCUGUUGAGAAGAAAACUGACUCUUGUUUUCAUGUUGUCGACCAGUCCGGCAAGACAUGGGAGUCGAAGAAAGUCAUUCUUGCCAUCGGGUCGAACGACGUCCUGCCGGAGAUCGAAGGUUACAGUCAGCUAUGGAAGAAGAAGAUUUUCCAUUGCCUCUUCUGCCUUGGAUACGAACAAAGAAAGGCAGAGAGUUCCGGUGUUCUCGCCGUUCAAGCCCUUGCCAUGAUGCCAGCGCUGGCCAUCCAUAUGGCCGACAACACCGCCCAGCUGUCCAGGGAGGUGACCAUCUUCACCAACGGCUCUCAGGACGUCGCCGGGCAACUUAAGUCCAUGGCCCCGAACUCCCCCUUCAAGAUCGACUCUCGGCCCAUAGCUCGACUAGUCGACUGCCGCGAGAAGGGGAAUGUCAAAGUGGAGUUCAGCGAUGGAAGCUUCACAGAGGUCUCAUUCCUGGUGCACAAUCCUUUGACGGUUCCGCAGGGACCGUUCGUACAGCAACUUGAGCUCAAGAUGUCGCCAACUGGGGAUAUUGAUGCUGAUGCUCCAGCGUAUCAGACUAGCUGUCGUGGCGUGUUUGCCGCUGGGGAUUGCAUUUCACCGUACAAGGUGGUUCCACAUGCCAUUGCGAGUGGGAACUUCUCGGCUGUUGCAGCAGCAACGCAGCUCCAGGCUGAGAAAAAUGGGCAUUUUUCGAUGGUUUGA